AUGGGAACCCUAGGCAGAGCAUUUUACUCGGUCGGAUUUUGGAUCCGUGAGACCGGUCAGGCUCUCGAUCGCCUCGGUUGUCGCCUUCAAGGCAAAAAUUGCUUCCGAGAACAACUAUCGAGGCAUCGGACACUGAUGAACGUAUUUGAUAAGGCUCCGAUUGUGGAUAAGGAAGCUUUCGUGGCACCAAGCGCCUCAGUUAUCGGGGAUGUGCAGAUUGGAAGAGGAUCGUCCAUUUGGUAUGGAUGCGUUUUACGAGGGGAUGUGAACACCGUUAGUGUUGGGUCAGGAACUAACAUUCAGGACAACUCGCUGGUGCAUGUGGCAAAAUCAAACUUAAGCGGGAAGGUGCUUCCAACCAUCAUCGGAGACAAUGUUACCAUUGGUCAUAGUGCUGUUUUACAUGGAUGUACUGUUGAGGAUGAAACGUUGAUCGGUAUGGGUGCAACACUUCUUGAUGGGGUCGUGGUUGAAAAGCAUGCCAUGAUUGCUGCUGGUGCGCUUGUGCGACAAAACACUAGAAUUCCCUCUGGAGAGAUAUGGGGAGGAAAUCCAGCAAGGUUCCUCAGGAAGCUCAAUGAUAAGGAGAUUGAUUUUUUCUCCGAGUCAGCUGUAAGCUACUCAAACCUCGCACAGGCUCACGCUGCAGAGAAUGCAAGGCCAUUAAAUGCGAUUGAGUUCGAGAAGGUGCUGCGCAAGAAGUCUGCUAGAAAAGACGAAGAGUAUGACUCAACGCUUGGUAUUGUGAGAGAAACUCCACCAGAGCUUGUGCCUGAUAAAGAAACCAAGCGUCCUUCAAAUGUUAAUUGA